AUGAAGCUACAAGUUAAAAUAAAGCAUUUAAUAAGCUUGAUUAUAGUGCUAACAUGCUAUGUCGUGGAAAUAGAAGGCUUUGUACAUUUUUAUUCCCAAGCAGGCGCCAGGAGAUGCUUCUAUAGAGAACUUAGGCAAGGAACUUUACUAAUUGGAAGAUUUAAGAUGGAAAUUCGGGACCCGGAUAGCGACGAAUUUCAAUCACCACGGGAUAAGCUCAACACGGGUAUACUAAUUGACGUUGAAGAGGUGUUUAACUCAAAUCAUAGAAUGGUUCACCAAAGGGGUUCUUCAAGCGGUCAAUUUGUUUAUAGUGCAUUAGAAGACGGAGAACAUAGAAUAUGUUUGACACCAAGAAGCUUUCUAUCAAAAUCGUGGUAUGGCUACUCAAAGAAAGACGAAUCGGCAAGAUUGGACCUGAGGUUUGAAGAAGCACGAAUAUCUAUUGAUUUUGUCGUUGGUGAUGGCCAGAUAUUCGAUGUGAAGCAUAAACAUAAAGUUAAAUCAUUAACAGAUCAAGUGAAGCGUUUGAAUGAUAAGCUCACCGACAUCAGAAGUGAGCAACAGUUUAUUAAGCAAAAGGAAGAAUCUUUCAGAGAUCUUUCUGAAGAGACAUGUGAAGGCGUUGUCAGAUGGCUGAUUGUCCAACUUGGCGCUUUGUUUGUGAUCGGCAUUUAUCAACUAUUUAAGUUCCUGAGAAUAUUUUCGAAAACAAAGGUAGACUAA